UAUUUCCUCAUAACAUUCAAUGGGUAAUUAAUGCCAUGAGAGAAAUCAGGCGCCUGAUCUACGAUUUUGAUUAUCCUGCAGACAUGCCUGCCAUUGAUCCAGUAUCCGUCCUUCUAUUAGUUGCAGUGGUCCUAUUUCUGCUUAAAUUUUAUUAUGGUCGACAAGGAAAUGGUGACAAGAAUUUUCCUCCUGGACCGAAGCCUUUGCCAUUAAUUGGAAAUAUACACCAUCUGAUUUUGAAGAAACAGAAACCACAUAAAACCUUUCAGGAGAUGGCUGAGAAGUAUGGCUCAAUAUUCACCAUCCAUUUGGGAUUUGAGAAGAUAGUUAUACUGUGUGGCUAUGAGACAGUGAAGGAUGCUCUCAUAAACCAUGCAGAUGAGUUUUCAGAGAGACCUUACUUACCACUGAUGGAAGCUCUAGCUAAAGGAAAUGGUCUGAUUUUUUCUCAUGGUGAAAAUGCAAAAGUGAUGAGAAGAUUUACUCUUUCAACAUUACGAGAUUUCGGAAUGGGAAAGAAAUCAAUAGAAGGCAAGAUAAUUGAAGAAUGUGAUUUAUUAGUGGAAGAAUUUCGAUCCAACAAAGGAAAGCCAUUUGACAACUCAGAAUUGAUGACUGCCGCAGUAGCCAAUAUUAUAGUGGUUUUACUGCUUGGUCAACGCUUUGAAUUCAACAGUCCCAUUUUACUGAAACUCAUGAUGUUGUUUCAAGAAUGUUUAAAGAUUAUGUCUGGUCCUAUGGCUCUGCUUUACAGUGCUUAUCCCUCUGUGAUGCGCUGGAUACCUGGAAGUCACAAAACUAUUUUUAAUUAUGCAGAAAAAACAAGAGAUUUUUUUAGAGAAUCAUUCAUAAAAUACAAUGAGGAACUGGACAUGAAUGACCAAAGGAAUCUAAUUGAUGCAUUUCUUGUCAAGCAGAAGGAGGAAAAAUCCAGCGCUCAAAAGUUUUUCCACAACGACAAUUUAUUAAGUCUCGUGAACACUUUGUUUGGAGCAGGAAUGGAAACUACAUCUACAACUCUUCGAUGGGGCCUUUUGCUAAUGAUGAAAUAUCCAGAGAUUCAAAAAAAAGUCCAAGAUGAAAUAGACAGAGUGAUAGGAUCUUCGCAGCCUCAGACCGAACACAGAAAGGAAAUGCCAUAUACUGAUGCUGUCAUCCAUGAAAUCCAAAGAUUUGGCGACAUCUCACCGACUGGUAUUCCCCAUGCAACUACUCAAGAUAUUACGUUUAGAGGGUAUUUUCUUCCCAAGGGGACCCACAUCAUCACACUCCUGACUUCAGUGUUGCAUGAUAAGGAUUAUUUUGAGAAGCCAUACGACUUUUAUCCCCAGCAUUUUCUAGAUUCUGAAGGAAAUUUUGUGAAAAAUGAUGCAUUCCUACCUUUUUCAGCUGGUCGAAGAAGUUGUGCUGGAGAGACUUUAGCGAGAAUGGAGUUGUUCCUUUUCUUCACAAGACUUCUGCAGAAAUUCACAUUCCAACCACCUCAUGGAGUAGAAGUUGACCUCACACCUAGCAGUGCGGUCACCACAAGCCCGUUACCCUAUGAAAUGUGUGCUAUCCCUCGAAAUUAGAGCAAGUUUUAGAAAACAAAAAAACUAUAUUUUUUAAAUAUGCAAGCAGGUUCCCUAAGGAACACAUCAUUUUCUUUCUGUAUAUGAAACAUUUUUGUAACAUUAAAACCCCAAGGAAAACUUGUAAGUGAUAACGUUUCUGUUGAUUUGUGAUAAUAGCUACAUUUAAAAUGCUGUCUUGAUAUUGGUGUACAAGCAUUUGCAACAGAAUGUGAUGGCCACGGACCAAGACUGACAGGGGAGAUCAAAGGCUCUGCCUGCUGGCCCAUGCAUUGCAAUGCCAGCCAACAAUGGCUCUCUGUUAGUGAGGAGAUCAAAGACUGACCCAGCAAACCUUAAUGCUGGCAGGGGACCCACGUAGUCUCUGCGCUCUGGUCUACAUCUCCAGUGGGUGCAGACCAUGUGUAUCUCUUUAUGAGUUCUGGCAUUUAACCCACAGCAACCCUCUGAAUGCUUUAGAAAUACUCAUGGACCAGAUACACAGCACACUGCACUACCAGUCACAUCAGUAACAACAGGGAAUAGAAAAUCAUUAUUUUCUAAUAAUU